AUGUCGAUUAAAAGACAGGCUCCAACAGAACUAAAUCAUGAGAACUGGAAUGACGAUGAUCCGGUAGAAGAGGACCAGACUGGUGGUUUUGCUAUAGCUCCUAAGGAGGUGCUUGAGAAGCGUGUGAUAAGGACCGCUAAAAGACGCUCUCUAGCCAUUGGCAGUGAGGCUAAGAAGAGUGUUUUUAGUGGGUUCAGUGGAUUUAACAAAACUCAGCACUCGUCAUUUGAUUUCUUAUCAAAUUUAACCAACGGCAGUAAGAAUAAUGGUAGUCUUACUUCUACAAGUGAGACAGCUGUUUCAUCAAGUUCCGUCAACAGCAACCCAUCAAAUACUAUAAGUAGCGGAAUAUUCAGCUUAUCAGGAACUUCAACUCCGACAAAGUCAGCUUUUGGCAAACCUGCAACAGAUUCUCCAUUUGGUGGUACAUCAGACACUACUGUUACUACCAGCUCUUUAUUUUCUCAGUCUGUGUUUACGACAUCCAAAGCAGAUUCAACUGUUAGUGAUAAUCCAUUUAAAAUCCAGUCUACUGUAACCUCACCCCUGACAGGUGAUUUUGGCAAAAAAACAAACCCUGCAUCAGAUAAACCUAUAUCCCAGGUCUCCUCAACUAUAUUUGGAGCACCAUCGACCAGUGCUAACAGUGGUAACAAAUUAUUUUCAUCCACAUCAAACAACUUUGCAACAUUCAAGAAGCAAACAACUCAGACAUUAAACAAAAUCAGUGAUGCUAAGAAACCUGAAAAUAAACCGGAAACUAAAAGUAGUCUAAUGACAUACCACAACAAACUGAAGGGCCUGAAUGAGUCGGUAUCAGACUGUAUCAAAAAACAUGUUGAAGAGAUGCCAAUAUGUAUUUUAACUCCAAUCUUCAGAGAUUAUGAAAAAUAUCUAAAAGAUAUUCAAGAUGAAUAUGAGAAAAACAAGGAACAGGAGAAUAAAGACAGUGCCAAGUCUGAACCUGAACCAAAACAGAAUACCAGCCUCGAGAAACCCAUGUCCGAUAGUAAGAGUGCAACAUCAACAUUAUUUUCAGGAAAUAAGCCAUCCAUAUUUGCCCCUGUAACAUCGUCACCCAAGACAUCUAACACGACGUCUCUUUUCAAUACUGGCACCAGCAUCGCCAGCUGUACAUUUUCGACUUCAACUACUCCCAGUACUGGAUUUUCUUUCGGUAUUAAAUCUAAUUUAAACACAUCUCCCUUAACCACAGCUACAACUACCAAUGGUAACACACCAUUCUCUUUUGGCAUGGGCAAACCUUUCAGUUUUAGCACAAAUGUAAAUACACCGAAACCCGAAGAACCAGCCAAUGAUGCAAACGAUAAUGAAGAUGCACCACCUAAAGUUGAAUAUACACCAAUAGUAGAAGAGAACAGUGUUUAUGAUAAGAAAUGUAAAAUAUUUGUCAAAAAAGAUGGCAAUUUCAUUGAUAAGGGUGUUGGUACUCUGUAUAUCAAGAAAGUAGAAAACAGCGAGAAACACCAACUUCUGGUCCGAGCUAACACAGCUCUUGGUAAUGUUUUACUCAAUUUGAUUUUGUCUUCGGGUGUUCCAACCCAGAGAAUGGGUAAGAACAAUGUGAUGUUGGUCUGCAUACCCACUCCGGAUGCUAAACCUCCACCGACCUCUGUACUGGUCCGAGUGAAGACAUCAGAAGAAGCCGAUGAAUUGUUAGAAACUUUAAACAAAUACAAAGUCUGA